GUAUAUGGAUUUAUCCGAUGAAAUUGUAAGGGUCUUGAUCCCCCCUCAACGAAGGGUCCGGUCAUCCAAAAUUUUGAGGCUUACUCUGGGAUCUUUCUGGUGUUUACUCCAUCUACUAGUCAACAUCGUACAUCUUGGGUCUUAUCUGAUUAACCUACUACUUUACUGUAUGAUUUCGAGUGGAUUACUACAAAAGUAUCAAAAUCUCCAACUAGACAAGCUUCGUUACUUGGCAAUUGUGGUAGAAAGUGAAGAAGCUAAAAACACUACAAAGAUCAAGCAGCUUUUAGGCUGGUUGGCAGCUAUUGGUGUGAAGUAUGUGACUCUUUAUGACAUGGAAGGUGUGCUGAAGAAGUCAGUGGAAACUGUUCUAAAGAGCUCGGCAAAUCCAAGUGUAAGAACAUGCUCUGUUGCCAAUGGAAAUGCAGUGGUUUCACUUCAUCAAGACAGAAUGACAAUAGAGCUACUUUCUUUCUCUGAUGGUAAAGAAGCAGUUGCUAAAGCAGCUAGCUUUCUAUGUUUACAGUAUCUGGAAGGUGAUUCUGUAGGCUACAAUAAGAUGGAGCCAGUCUUCACAGAAACUGAUGUGACCAAUGCUCUAAAAGCAGUAGGUCAUGGUGGACCAGAUCUUGAUCUCCUUCUUGUAUAUGGGCCUGCUAGGUGCCAUUUAGGAUUUCCUGCAUGGAGAAUACGGUACACAGAGAUUGUGUAAGUUUCAUUGUCAUGAU